CAACAAUGCCCGACGCAUCGCCUUGCUUCAACUCUCAUCAUUAGUCCACGGUCAUCAAGCACAAUGGAGUGCUUGUGGGACAAUGCGCUUCUCCAAAGUUCGCAGGAGAUGCCGCCGGAGUUGCUGGACAUGAUACAGCACGGCAGUAAUGUGCAGUAUCUGGAAGCACUAACCAGGGCUUCGCUGGACGCACGAUACACCGACCUUCUCUUUGCGCAUUGUGAACACGUCUUUGCGCAUAUCAGCGCAUCGUUGCGACAGUAUGGCUCUCUGGCAGCCACAAUUGCCACCAUGGGCCGCAUUGUGCCCUUUGCACCGUAUCUAUCAACCUACGCCACCAGACUGUUACGCGACGAACGGCACGCUUUAGGCGUCUCAGGGGACCAAGAUGAGAUCCUGCUAUAUUUACUCGGGCUUUACCGCCUCCUUCGAUUUGAGCCUCGAACGUACAAGCAGCAUGUUGAUUUAGUACAACUCCAAGAAAUGCUCCGGAGUCCUUGCAGAGCCAUCGUCUACAUGGCGAUCCGGAUCUUCCAGAUCUGCCUCAAUGGCGCCGAUCACUGGUUUGAGAAGACGCUAGAAGAGUGCCUUGGCGAAGAUACACCCGACGGUGCAAUUAAUGGCCAGUGGGACGAUAAGACGAUCGACUACCGUUUCUUGACGCUCUGGGAAGAAGAUCGUUACGAGAAGCUCACGAAGUUGAUCGACAAUGGCCGCAACGGAAACGCAGAAGUGCCCCCUUCGCUUCGUUCUCUCGAUCCCGCCUGCUUUCACCCAAGCACUGCAUUAGUGGGUGGCGUCCUGUUUCCGAGGGCAGACCUCUCUAGUGCCUCUACAGAGCGGGCUUUGGCAUCUGGUGGCCAGCUUGUUGACACGCACACGGUCGCAAGUAAUCUGAAAGCGCUAGGCGUUGCGUUCAAGUCACCCAAGCCAGUCUUGCUUGCCGGUUUAGCUGGCUCAGGCAAGACACUCGUUGCUCGCCACGCUGCGCAAUUGCUUGGCAAGCUUGACAAUAUGGUAACGCUCCAUCUUAAUGAGCAGAGCGAUGCAAAACUGUUGGUCGGCAUAUACACCACAGGCGAGACACCAGGCUCGUUUUCUUGGAAAUCCGGUGUCCUUACUACUGCGGUUCAAGAAGGCAGGUGGGUGCUUAUCGAAGACUUGGAUCGAGCGCCACACGAAAUAAUUGGCAUGCUGCUACCUCUUAUCGAAAAGCGAGAGCUCCAGAUACCGAAUCGGAAGCAGACUAUCUACGCCGCCGAGGGCUUCAGGAUCUUAGCUACGGUACGCAGUUCGGUCAAUGCUCAGGGCAGAGAGACUAAUCCUCUCUCGCAUAUGCUUGGCGCACGACACUGGCAGAAGGUCACUGUACACAUGCCACCCUCUAACGAGCAGAGAUUUAUUGCACAGAAGCUCUACCCUUCCUUAGCGCAGCUUCUGCCACAACUAACCUCCGUGUAUGACCGGCUUGUACUGAUUAGCCAGCAAGUGCAGCUUACCGGUCGCACGAAGACUGGUAUGCCACGGUCCUUAGCCCCACAGGAUCUAUUGAAGUGGUGCAAGCGCGUUAAGAACUUGUUGAGCGGUCGGCCAUCAUUCACCACCAGCGACAUCGACAACAUCUUCAUGGAGGGUAUUGACUGCUUUGUUGGCGCAUUGCCAGAAGGAUCAGCUAGAUCAGAUAUUGUGUCCAUUCUUGCUCGAGAGCUGAGAAUCGACCCUCGGAGGCGUGACUAUCUGCUCGGUGAGCGCGAGAUCCGGUACGGUGACGGGAAAGCGCACAUUUCAAUCGGUCGCUACACUUUACAUCAUGAGAGUAGCCGCCGUUUGGCAACUUCAACAGCGUCUCCCAUCGCGUUGAACGCGCAUACAGUUCGAAUGCUCGAACGCGUGACGGCCGCUGUCGUCAAUCGUGAGCCACUUCUUCUGGUUGGCGAGACGGGCGUCGGCAAGACGACCGCUGUGCAACACCUCGCAAAGCAUUUGGGAAAGAAGCUUGAAGCUUUCAACUUGUCUCAGCAGAGCGAAGCCAGUGACUUAUUGGGCGGCUUCAAGCCCGUCAGCGUGCGCAGCCUGGUCAUUCCGAUGAAGGACGAGUUUGACGAGCUGUUUGCAGCCGGGUUUAGCAUAAGCAAAAAUCGACAAUUCUUGGACCUGCUCGGCAAGCAGAUGGCGAAGAGCAAUUGGAAGGCUGUCUGCAAACUCUGGCGCCAGGCUCUGAAGAUGGUCAGCCACCAAGAGCCCUAUCUCUUCGGCGCGGAAGGAGAGGGUCCCAGCAAGAAGCGGAAACUUGAUUCGAAGCAGACUAUUGAUCGUGCUCGUUGGCGCUCAUUCAGCGCCAAGGUCGAGGAUCUUGAGAAGAGGCUGUCUGCUGGUAGCGAGGCGUUUGCUUUCAGCUUCGUUGAGGGCAACAUUGUCAAGGCGGUGCGGAACGGAGACUGGGUGCUAUUAGACGAGAUUAACCUCGCGACUCCGGAUACACUUGAGUCAAUCGUGGACUUAUUCAGCCCAGUCACGCCUUCACUUCUCCUUACUGAGGCCGGAAACAUCGAGCGUAUCGAGGCGCACCCAGACUUCCGUGUGUUCGCGGCUAUGAACCCUGCCACCGACAUUGGGAAGAAGGACUUACCACCCGGCAUCAGGUCUCGCUUUACCGAGCUUUAUGUUGAAGGUCCUGACAAGGACCUGAAGAGCUUGCAAAACAUCGUGCAGUCGUACUUACGCCCCGAUGUGACCGCGGAUCCUGCCGUUGCCCUGGACGUUGGCACGCUUUAUCAAAAGAUCAUAGCCCUCGCCGAACACAACAGACUCGUUGAUGGCGCUGGUCAGAAGCCGCACUUUAGUCUGCGGACUUUCACGCGCACUUUGAGCUAUGCGAAGCAUAUCACACCACAGUGCAAUCUGCGCCGUGCUCUAUACGAGGGUUUUCACAUGAGCUUCUUAACCUUCCUCAAUGCUGAAUCAGCUGCACUGAUCGCGCCGCUCGUUGAGCAGCAUCUCUUUGGGAAGCGUAUCAACACUCGGGCCGAGUCGCAAAAAGCAUUGCAUAAGCCUAAUGACGGGAAACAGUAUGUUCAAGGUUACCCCGGUAGUAAACACUGGGUUCAUCAAGGCCGCAACGAGCUCGAGGAGCAAGCGCACUAUAUUCUGACACCCUUCAUCAAGAGCAAUCUUGAAAAUCUCGUUCGAGCGGCGAGCACUCGUCAAUUCCCAGUCCUCAUUCAGGGCCCCACGUCAAGCGGCAAAACCAGCAUGAUCGAGUACCUUGCCAAGCGCACCGGACAUACAUUUGUCCGCAUCAACAACCACGAGCACACUGAUUUGCAAGAGUACCUUGGUACUUACGUAUCAGGUACGGAUGGCAGACUACAGUUUCAGGAAGGCAUUCUGGUGCGAGCGCUGCGCGAAGGUCAUUGGGUUGUGCUUGAUGAGCUGAAUCUGGCGCCAACGGAUGUUCUCGAGGCUCUGAAUAGGCUUCUUGACGACAACCGUGAGCUUCUGAUACCUGAGACGCAGGAAACUGUUCGGCCGCACGAGGACUUUAUGCUCUUCGCGACGCAGAAUCCCGCUGGUCUCUACGGCGGCCGUAAAACGCUCUCUCGAGCUUUCCGCAAUCGUUUCCUGGAGUUGCACUUCGACGACAUCCCGAUUGACGAAUUACAAGAGAUCCUGCAUCGGCGAACUCAGCUCCCAGAGUCGAGGUGUAAACGCAUCGUGACGGUCUACCGAGAGUUGUCCAUCUUGCGGCAGCAAAGUCGGAUGUUCGAGCAAAAGAGCUUCGCUACGCUGCGUGACCUUUUCCGGUGGGCUAUGAGGCCGAAUGAGACAAUAGACCAGCUAGCUGCCAACGGUUACAUGCUUCUUGCGGAACGGGUGCGAAAGGUCGAGGAGCGAGCAGCUGUGAAACAAGUCAUUGAGAAAGUCUUGAGCCUCAACGGACCGCGAGUUACAAUCGACGAAGGUGCAUUGUACGCUCACGACAAUGUAGAGCUGCGCAAUCAGGAAGGCAAACUUCACUCCUCUGGUGUUGUGUGGACGAAAGCAAUGCGCAGACUCUACACUUUGGUGGCCCGAGCGAUCGCGAAUGAUGAGCCUGUUCUACUAGUGGGUGAAACCGGAUGCGGUAAGACCACAGUCUGCCAGAUGCUCGCGUUGGCGUUGGGAAAAGCGCUUUAUACUGUCAACGCCCACCAGAAUACCGAGACAGGCGAUCUUAUUGGCUCUCAACGACCAGUCAGAGACAGGGCUAGCGUUGAAGCCACACUUCGCCACCGGCUGCUCGCUUCGCCGCCUUUACAGGAGCUUGACACCGCUGCAGCACACUCUAGUGAGUCGCUGCUGAUUGCGUAUGAUUGCGCAGUUGCGAGCAUGCCGCUCGUUGAGAAGCAGCAGUACUGCGCCUCCGAUGCCUAUCAGGAGGCUCAAUUGUUGCGUGCUAGAUUCAAGGCCCUUUUCGAGUGGGCAGAUGGAGCCCUUGUUCAAGCCAUGAAAAGCGGCGCCUUUUUCCUACUUGACGAGAUCUCACUGGCCGACGACUCAGUUCUGGAACGCAUUAACAGCGUACUUGAACCUCAGCGUUCCAUACUGCUAGCUGAGAAAGGUAGCAUAGACGCCUCAGUGACUGCUUUGCAAGGCUUUCAGUUCUUCGCUACUAUGAAUCCGGGUGGCGACUAUGGCAAGCGCGAGCUGUCGCCAGCGCUGCGAAACAGGUUUACAGAGAUCUGGGUUCCUGCAAUGUCCGAGACGGAGGAUGUCGCUCAGAUCAUGUCAUCAAAGCUCGUGCCGAGCGCGACACGCUACGCAGGCGCUAUGGUUGCGUUUGCACAGUGGUUCAAGCAACGGUUUGAUACGACGGCAAGCUCUUCAGUGUCCGUCCGUGACGCUCUUGCCUGGGUGGAGUUCGUCAAUACGUGUGUGGAGAUGGACACCAUUACAGCCAUUGUACACGGGGCUGCUAUGGUGUAUAUUGACACUCUGGGAGCCAAUCCAGCCGGUCUUAUGACGCUCAGCAGUCACAAUCUGGCGGAGGAGCGGAGCAGCUGUCUCGCCGAGCUCGGACGACUCAUCCAUGCGGACACCUUUGCCAUUUACGGAAAUCCCGUUGAGGUUGUAGAUCAAGCCGAAUUUUUCAGUAUCGGUCCGUUCGCUGUCCGUCGAAGAGCUUCGUCUAGCGUCGCUGUCAAUGUGUUCACCUUUGGCGCUACGACAACACGAAACAAUGCGAUGCGUGUCCUAAGGGCCAUGCGGAUUCCCAAACCAGUCCUACUAGAGGGAAGUCCCGGUGUCGGGAAGACAGCUCUGAUUACAGCGAUUAGCGAUUUGACUGCUGUGCCGUUGACACGCAUUAACCUCUCGGAGCAAACCGACCUUUUAGAUCUUUUCGGCUCGGAUGUACCGGUCGAAGGCACCCUAGAGUGUAACUUUGCAUGGCGGGAGGCACCUUUCCUUCGCGCCAUGAGAUGUGGCGAGUGGGUGCUGCUGGACGAGAUGAACCUGGCCUCGCAGUCGGUACUCGAAGGUCUCAACGCCUGCUUGGAUCACCGUGGCGAGGUUUUCGUGCCUGAGCUGGGUCUGACUUUUACCAAGCACCCUGAAUUUCGCCUCUUCGCUGCACAGAACCCGCACAGUCAGGGCGGCGGCCGCAAAGGAUUGCCUGCAUCAUUCGUCAAUCGCUUCACCGUGGUAUAUGCCGACGCUUUCCAAGCAGACGAUCUUGCGCUCAUCUGUCGGAGAGGCUUCCCAUCCGUUGGCGAAUCUAUAUUGAAGCGCGCUAUAACUUUCCUGACGCAGCUUGACCGUGAGGUCGUACAACGACGUCGCUUUGGCUCGAUCGGCAGUCCUUGGGAAUUCAACCUCCGCGAUCUUUCACGCUGGCUUUCACUGCACGCCUCAGAUGAAGGCCUAAUAAAGGCAGGCAACGCACGGGAUUUCGUUUCCUUCCUGUUUUGCCAUCGAUUUCGGUCAGCGGCUGAUCGAGCAUUAGUCGACAGCUUGUUUGACUCCGUGUUCGAAGAUGCGCUCUACGCGACUGACAUAUCUAGCAGUAUCUCUUACAGCCGUUUGCAACUGGGACUUGCACUUUUGCCAAGAGAUACGUACUCUGCUCAAGUCACCGAUGCUAGCCCGCUUGUAUGGACAUCAGAUCGUCUGAGGAUACUGGAGUCCCUUAUGCUCUCCGUACAACAAAGCUGGCCCGUUCUGCUUGUAGGAUCGUCAGGAAACGGCAAAACAACAUUAAUAGAAAAGCUGGCUUGCACCAUUGGAGCCUCUGUAUCAACCAUAUCACUCAAUGCGGAGACGGACGCCAUGGAUUUAAUUGGCGGCUAUGAGCAGGCCGACUCGAUGCGUCAGAACCAUGCAGCACUUGCUGACCUCCGACUGCGUAUCGCGGAAAUGGCACUCUCGACUGCUCUGCGUGCUGUGGCGGCGCAGUUUCUUGACGCCUUCCACCAGCUAAGUAAUGACGACCGACCCGCAUCAGAGCGUUUGGCCGAGCUUCGGCGCAUAGUUUCCUGCUGGAACAGCCCCGACCUCUGCGAACUUUUUGACGAGGCUACCUCGAGCGCUACUGACGUUGACAGAGCCCGCUUUGAAUGGCAUGACGGGCCUCUUAUUGAAGCCUUAAAACACGGCAAGUGGCUGAUCCUUGACAACGCUAACCUCUGUAGUUCGUCUGUGCUUGACCGUUUGAACUCUUUGCUCGAAGCAGAUGGAGCCCUGAUCGUCAAUGAGCACGUUGAAGCAGACGGCUCGCCGCGUAUUAUCCGGCCACAUGCAAAUUUCAGGAUCUUCCUGACCGCCGAUCCACGGUAUGGCGAGCUCUCUCGCGCAAUGCGCAAUCGAACUGUCGAGCUAUUCCUGCCCCCGAUAGAUGGCGCGGUUGCGCGCACCCAACCGCUGUAUUCCGAGUCAGCCAUCGCACGCCUUCGGCAAAUUCGAUUGCUAGACCAUCUCCCCGCUGAUAACGGCAUGCUCGAUCGCAGCCUCAGUCUGGCGCAGGAUCAUACAGGACUGAGCGAUCGAGCCUUGCUCUCUCGUUUUGCUGCACAGCUAAGCGCUGGUCUGUACAGCGACAGCGCUAAGACCCGCGCUUUCAACAUAGCGGUGUCGGCUCCCAAUGAGCAUCAUUAUACUGCGGGGCUGUACAGCUCCGCAAGUGUCACAUAUGCCAAGGCUACCGCUGACUUUGCAAGUGUACAGACUAUUCAUCCUCUCAAUAAUCAAGCACUCGUCUCCCAAAACCCAGCUCUCUCUCAGCGUGCAUUGAUGCUUACUUUCGUGUACGAUGUCCAGCGGUUGUUCACUCCGUUACUCAACCGUACACGGCGAUUAAAGUCGGACGCGGCGGUUACGCGUCAAUUUGACAGUCUUGCCCGUGUAAUGCGCCGCAGUGCAAACGCAAAUCGUUCGGAAGACGGACUGCUUGCAUUUCUGGAGCACGUUGAGAUUGCGGUCCUGCAGUGGCUGCAAGAGCUUGCCGAGGUGUCGGAUGCGUAUGCUGGGCAGACUGAUGCAAGCACGGAUAUACAGAAGCAUAUCCACGUCGACACACGGUUUGAGCUUCGCGACGCCCCAUCGAGAAUUGUACGGCUGCUGGCUUCGAGCGUUCAGUCUUUCUUGGACAUGGCAGCAUGCAGUGAGCUGGACGCAGUCACAACAAACGCCUGGCUGCUUGUGCUUAAAGAGACACUCUUGACGCCUGUCAUUGCAACUUCGAUCACUGGCCCGUCGUCAACACACGCCAUUCCAAUGUCAAUCGGAGAAGCAUUGAGCCAUCAGCUGUCUCUGUGGCAACUUCAAGACUUUCGAGGGUCUGCCUGCACAUCAUUGUGGAAGGCAUUGAGACCGCUCUCACCGCCCACGAUGGCCCAUCUCCAGCAAGUCGAGUGUCUUAAGACUCUUAUGGACCGCUUCGAUAAACUAGUCCAACGAUUUGAUGCGCCCCUCGCCCAAUUGCUUAAGAUGCGGGCCGCAUUCGCGGAAGCAUGGCGAAUGGCCCUAACGACGAAAGCGGAUACCGCAGCACUGCAGCAACAACUCGAAGCACUGAUGCCGGCCCCACAGGAAGAUGUUGACGAUCAUGAACAUGGCGAGAAGCCUCACUUUCACGAUGUGUUUCAGGAUCUUUGUGGCAAGUUAGCUAUCCGGUCUAUGUCAGAGCCUGCAGCAAGUAUUACCGCCAACGCCAGGGUUGUCGAGAUGCUAGCACUACGGCCUACCUACGAUAGUGCCAGCACUCUUCACGAUAUGUACCGUACGCCGGACUGGCACGCUGACCUUGCGCUGCUUGCCGCCGAGCUUGCGUCAGCUCAGUCCAGCGACCCCAUGCUUGGGAACCAACCGUUUCACUACAGAUUCUUCCAGUUGGAAGCCUCCAUCGACAAUGUCAGCCUACAGCGAUUUGCGCUACUGGAAAACGAAGUCGGUGCCCUGGGCUUCGCUAUAUCCGCCAAUGCUGCAGCUUUCUGCGAGGAUGACCUUCUGCCACUGAAUCAGUGCCUCAGAAAGAUGCUGAAAGCUGUGCUCAAUGCUCUUGCCGUAGGCAACAGCCUAAAUGUUGAUUCGGCUUGGUUUGCCGAGCUCCUAGGCUCCACUGAUGACAGCCAUCAUCCUCUCUUCGUAGAUGCCGACAUGUCCAAGGCAUUGGGACCUGAUCCACAAGGCGUAGAAGCGUGGGUCAAAACAGCGCUUCAGCACGUUUUUCUGUACCUCAACGAUGCAAUGGGCGCUGGUGAGCCAUCGCGCAAUCGCGCAGCCAACGCCUGGGCUCUCCUUGGAGCAAGCUGUCUGACGCUCUACAUUCCUCGACAGCCGUUUGACCCUGCCCUGAUGUCGACUCUUGAAAGCGACGUCUACCAGCAAAGCCGCAAGGAACUCGAGCAAGACUAUCAUGCGCUCACGAGCUUCGAUACAUUGCUCACUGGAACGCCACAUACACUUCGAUCGCGAUGCGUUAUGAUGGCUCUUAACUCUUUGGGCCCAGCACCCGUGGUUGAGCAGGUGUGCAGACCUGCCGUAUCUGAGAUGGAUCGAUUAACCGCCGAGCUCGAAGGCCUGCUUCGCCUUGCGGAGUCUCUACGCCUGCAUGCGUUUUCACACGUCGCAGCAGACGAAGUGAUGUGGACGAACCUGGCACGUCUCCGACUCCGACUUCAGCAGCAGUAUCGCGCAUAUGCAGACUUUACGGGCCCAAUUAUUGGAUUUGUCGACUGUCUUCGGAUGGCACGUCGGCUGCUUCAAACUCCCAAGGUGUCCGCAGAGACGGCGUCUUUCACCACGAUCGCAGCUAUAACACCCUUCAGCACAGCUUCAUGGACUACUUGGUUGUCAGAUGAGGCCUUCAUACACGCCUUGUCAGCGACCCAGACGCAGCAGGAGACACUCUAUGUUUUACAUGUCCUUGCCACAAGAAGCUUUCUAGCACCAAUCCGAUAUCAGUCCUUGGCUCUACUUGACAAGGUCGACCUCCAAUUCAUCAGAUUCUACGAUCGUUGGAAAGCGACGCUUGACGAGGACCAACGGCGCAAUACUGCGAAGUCCAGCCUUUACCGUUACCAGGGUGGUCAAGAGAUGGAGGCCGAAAUAUUAACGGAAGAGCUUGCGCAGCUCUUUCCAGAUGGCGAUGACGGUACUGGGACCUCGCAAACGUCUGGUAGUCGCGCAAAUCAGAUGCGAGACACUGCAUAUGCGGUAUCACGGCUUCACCACUCCCUCUUUACUCCGAAGGACGGCGAUUUACACGACAUGGUCGACCUAUUACGGCAGUAUGCGCGUAUCCUUGCCCAAAGUCAGGACCCUUCAUCAUUGGCGUCUUGCAUUCCAGCAAUGCUAUGGAACUUACGCGCCCUUACUGAUAGCAUAUCGAAACCCACCCUACUUCCGGCAUCGUACAAUAUCUACACGGAUGGCAACGUUGGCGAAGUCAAGAAGCUGGUCCACCUGGUAACGAGAGUCCGAGUACGCUUCGAUGAUCUCCAUCUGGCCUGGCCUGAGCAUGCUACACCGCUGGAUGUUGUGCAACGAUGUAGCCUGAUCUUCCAACUACCUCACAACAAGCCUCUGACAAGCUUGAUGGUGCAUUUGGAGAAGCUCUACGCUACAGUGGCGCAGUGGCAGCAGGUAGCCAGCCGCGAAUACAGCGCUGGGGACCUACUCGACGCGAUCACUAACAUGAUUAUUAGUUGGCGACAACUGGAGUUAGCAAGCUGGGCGGGACUACUACAGAGAGAGGACGACAAUUGCAAAAGAGAUGCAAGCUCAUGGUGGUUCAUCGCCUUUGAGAACAUCAUCCUGGCAUUUCGGGGCUCUCAAGGCUUGUCACAUGAAGCUCGUCAGCAGAUACAGAGCGUUUUGCAGACUCUCGAGGAUUUCAUCGCAAACUGCGGCCUUGGCGAAUUUGAUACCAGACUUGCUAUGUUGCGGGAUUUCGCCAACCAUGUGGAGCUUCUGGGUAAGGAUCACGCGUCUUUCGCCCUAAUGCAUCAAGCACUGGCAAACUUCAUUGCGUAUUUCAGUCGCUUUGAAUAUGUUGUGGCAGAGACACUGCGCGUAGGACGGUCACGCCUGGAGAAAGACAUUCGAAAUGUUAUGCAGGUUGCCAGCUGGAAAGACCGCAAUGUCGAUGUCUUGAGGCAGAGCGCAAAGUCUUCCCACGGAAAGUUGCUGAGGCAGGUGCGGAAAUACCGUGCUUUGCUCUCACAGCCUGUCCGUCCACUGCUCCAAGGUGAGAUGGCGCUGAAUGCGAAGUUGCAGCGAUGGAACGGUAAUACCGGUAGCAGCGACACUGCCCAUGACCUAGCUUCGAGGGAAGUGUUGAUCGAUAUUGCACUUGAGACCUGGCAAAGGCGCCCGGCGCGCUUUAUCAAUGUGACAUCAACCGUCUCUCUCAUGCGCGCGAGGACUGAUACACUUGCGCUACGAAACGACUCCUCGAAGCAGAUUAGCACUUUCGCCGCAGAGGUGCAGAACGAUAUUCUUGACCUGCAGAGGAAGACACCUUCUACACUUACAGACCACAACAAGGCGUUUGUGCAGCAUCUGAAAACGCAAAAGCGGCGUCUUCUUGCCGACGUGCUGAAGACUGUUCGCUUGAUGGGAUUCCAAGCGAAUCUCAGCGACGAGGCGCUUUCGCGUCAAGCUACCUUGCACGUUGUGCUUGCGAUUGCACCUGCUCUGGACGUGCUGGGCAAGCAUGAGGGAGGCGCUAAAGCCGAACUCUCGUUUCACAGCCUGCUCAGCCUGAUGCCGAACGUGCGCGAAAGCGCACGAAAGCACUCCGAAGAUCUAACCGGAAGUGAGGCCAACCGCUGUUUGAUGCUGCUCGAAAGUAUGCUGCAGACGUGCAUCGCUGAGCGCAGUCGGUUAGUUGAAAACGCGCGGUUUGCUAGCGAACUGGAAGCUGUAAUGCAGCGUUUUAAUGCCUUCGCCUUCUGCGACAGGCCGACCAAGGAGGGCGCCAAUAGAGAUCAGAGCCACCUGAUGGCUCGACUGAGGUGUUUGAAACCCAUACUUGAGACGUGCACCCAGCUCGUUGACGCACAGGCGAGCCUUGCGGAGCGCGAUUAUACCCACAUUUCUCAAGCCAUUCGAACAAUGGCUGGGAAGGCAUCGAUGCUCGAAGACGAGUUCGGUGCUCUACCGCCUCUGCUACCUGGCAUCUCUAAUACGGCGUUUGAAGCUUGGCAAUUGCGUGUCGACGCUCUUGGUCAUGAGAUUGACGGCGCCGCAAGCUCCCUUGUGGCACAGUAUCCAGAGACAGAGCCCAUUCUGUGCCACCUUACACGAUGGACCGUGACUGGACAUUCCGUGCCGCUGUCAGCGAAUGGAUAUCUAGAGAUUGAUGCCGAACAGUGGACGAGCGACUUACUGGCUGCACUUGAUGUCAUAUUGAGCGGCAUGCAGUCAAUCGGUCAAGGCAGCCAGCCAUUGCCCAGUAACGUCGUCGAGGAGAGUUGGCUUACACAAGCACAGAAGUCCAUCCAUGCGGACUUUGAAGCUCUGAAGGUAAAGGCGAUAGUGCGGCAUGUCACCUCCGCAGUUGCUGGUCUGUCUCAUGUGGCUGGUAACAUUCUGCCACAGAUCGCCGCCAUCUGUCGUAUUGUUCUUCCGAUCGUCUCCAGCUAUAACGAAGCCUGUCGGCGACUCCUCGAUCAGUCAUGUACUUUGCAGGUUGAGACAACAAGGCUGGCGUGUCAGCUUGCUAGAUCUUUCCUCCAACUGGCCCAACGCGGCUUUUGCACCCCGCCGGAGAAGGCACCCCGUGAUGAGCAGAAAGGUGGCGACGUCGAAAGCGGCACAGGUCUUGGUGAGGGCGAGGGCGCGGGAGCGGAAGAUGUGAGCAAAGACAUCGCGGACAACGAGGACUUGUCGGAGUUGGCGCAAGAGCCCACAACGAGUCGCGAAGACGGCACCAUCGAAGAUGAGAAGGAUGCAGUGGAUAUGGCUGACGAGGAAAUGGAAGGCGAAUUUGGCGAGGAUGAGGCAAAUGCGGAGGAUGAAGAGGGUGCAGCCGAUGCUGAGGCUGACCGGCACCUGGAUGAGGAAGCUGGCAGCAUGGACGAUGAGGAAGAUGUCACAGUUGAUGAAAAGAUGUGGGAUGAUGGUCCGAAUGGGGAUAUCGCGGAGAAGGAAACGAACAAAGCUCAAGGCACUAUGAUUGGAGAUGACCGGACAGCUGGGCAAACCAAGGACAGCGGCUCCGACAGCGAGGUGAAGCAGCGCGAUGCUGUUCCGGAAGAAGAGACCGUACCUGACGAGGAGGAGCAUGUGCAACAAGCAACCAACGAGCAGGUCGAUCCUCACGCGCAGGAUCAGUCUACGUUAGAGAACCUAGAGGAUGUUGAUGUGGAUGGUCAACCCCAUGAAAGUGAUACACUAUCCGAAAUGGACGAUGUGUCUGACGGUGCAGAGGGGGAGCAAGAAGCGGACGCCGAGCUUGGGCAAGAGGCUUCGUUGGAAGACUCUGGCGAUCACAACGAUGCAGAAGCGAACGAUAUUGCUGCCGAUGCUGUGGAAGCCGCCAAGGCGGAAGCGGAUGGCCAACUAGAUGGCGAGGAGGAAGCAGAUGAGCAACUGGAUGGGGAGGAGGAAGCGGGUGGCGAGCUUGAUGGCGAGGUCCAGCCCGACGUACUGAUGGCAGAGCGUGAAGCGCCAGCUGAGCAGCACAGUGACACCAUGUUCGGUGAGAGUGGCGAAGGUGCCGAUCAAGACAAUAGUCACACAGAGCGAGCAGCAGGAGUCUCCGCAGCUCAGGAUGAGACUACAGAAGGCGAACCGACCGAACGGCCGCAGAAUUCAGACGCUGGCUCUACUGGUGUUGAGCGAGGCAGAGCCACCCAAGAUGUAACGACCGCCGCGCAUAAGGCAAGCGAGGAGAAGUCAAAGGUACCGUAUAAGCAGAUUGGCGACAUUCUGGACGAGUGGUAUAAACAGCAACGGCAAAUCCAAGCAGCAGAGCACCAUGAUGAGGAUGGCACAGAACGGAACCAGGACGUGGACAUGGCUGAUGCGAACUUCGAACACUUGCCAGAUUCAGAGGCUGCGGCGGAUACACAGGCGCUUGGCACCGCUUCGGCAGAGCAGUCACGAGCAAUAGAUGAGGACAGAGGCUUACCCGUGAAUGAGCAGGAAGAUGCAACAAUGCCGCCCACCGAGGAGGAAGAGGGGCGAAAGAAAAAGGAGGAUGCCGACACGCUCGACUUGGAGCAGCUGAUGCAACCAAGCGACGCUCUUCGACUUGAGCAGCAGCCCAAGGCUUUCGUCGGAGAGCCGAAGCACGACGGUCGCGAGCGGAAUCGACUCCACGAAAGCUUUGCGGAUGAGGAGCAACAUGUACAGGAAGUGGAUCAGCAACUCACGAAAACGCAUCUUGACCCACAGGAGACCACCGAAGGGUCUACGCUGCAAGAAGCACGCUCGACGUGGUCGCAGCACGAAAACAGCACGCGCAACCUCGCCCUCAUCUUCACCGAACACCUUCGGCUCGUCCUACAUCCCACCCAAGCCACCAAGAUGCGCGGCGACUUCCGCACAGGCAAGCGGUUGAACAUCAAGCGCAUCAUCCCAUACAUCGCGUCUUCGUACAAGCGCGACAAGAUCUGGAUGAGGCGGUCAGUGCCUACGAAGCGCUCAUACCAGGUCAUGCUGGCCAUCGACGACUCCAAAUCGAUGGCGGAAAGCGGAAGCAAGGAGAUCGCCUUCGACACCGUGGCGCUGCUUGCGAAGGCCCUGUCCAUGCUGGAAGUGGGAGAGCUCAGCGUGGUAGGCUUCGGUGAAAACGUCACAGUCGCACAUGACUUUGGCAUGCCGUUCACCUCCGAAGCUGGCGCGCAAGUGGUGAGGCAGUUCGGCUUCACCCAGACCAGGACAGACCUUCGCAAGCUUUUGGCGGAGAGCAUCGAGCUGUUCAGAUCCGCGCGGCUUAAAGCAACGGGCUCGGCGAGCGAGCUGUGGCAGUUACAACUCAUCGUCUCAGACGGCAUCUGCGAGGACCAUCCUUCCAUUCGCCAGCUUGUACGCCGGGCGCAUGGAGAGCGAAUCAUGGUAGUCUUCAUCGUGGUAGACGCUGAAGCGCAGACGACGCAGGCUUCGAAGCAGAGUAUCCUCGAUCUGCAGACCGCGGAGUUUACCAAGGAUGAGAAGGGAGAAAUGCAGUUGAAGAUGGUGAAAUACCUGGACACGUUCCCGUUCAGGUACUAUCUGAUUGUUAGGGACGUGCAGGAGAUGCCGGCGGUGUUGGCGGGGGCGUUGAGGCAGUGGUUUGCGGAGGUGGUUGAAACUGCUGGCGCGUAGGUAGGUGUUCAAAAGCAAAGCGUAAUUGUAUACAUUCGUACAACAACUUUCAUCAAAG